GUGAUAUGCUGGUGUUCAUUUAACAAGAAAAAGGUGCCAACAAGAAAUCAGUGUCUGUUAGUUCUGGAUAUAUUGUUUCAAAUAUUGAGGGAUGUGUUUGUGGUAUACUGAAAUGAAUGAUUUUUCAUAUAUGGUAUGACCUGAGCCGCGGUGUCGUGAGGAGCCCGGGAAUGGAGGGCGCGCUAUGCUCACCCCGGUCAUCAUCAAGACACACCAGCCUCUCUCUAACCCUCUGCCAUACCUCAUCCUUCUUAUUCUAGAUAAAGGUCUUGAAAAAAUCCCGCUCACCAUUCAGAUGUCUGUAAACAACACUGACACUGUGGUGACAUUGGCCGAAGACAAUGGCGACAACGACAUGGUUUCUCUUCUCUCAGAGAAACGAGAACAACCCCAGCAAAAGGCGGUGGAGCCUGCUAAGCCCAAUGUUGUCAAGACUGAAAGUCCCAGGCGAGAAGGUCCGUCUAACUCUGAUUCUUCUCACUCUUCCGGAAGUGGUUCACAGCUGUCCUCACCUAUUCGGAAGCUGGAAGGAUCCCCUCCUCCCAAGAAAGCCUCUCUGUCCCCUCACAUUCCACGGUCUGACUCUGUCAAGUUCCAUAAAAGACCGGCCAAUGGAAGCGCUAUAAGAUCGAUCAAUAUGGACGAUAAACAGAGAGCGCCGCGAUUAUCGAAACGCGUGCCUAGUCUAAAACUCAAGCGAAUGGGUGCACAGUCACGGAAUUUAAAUAAUGCAAACGUCAGUGAAAAUGUAGAGGGAACUAUGCCGUGCCUACCCCAAUGUGGUAGAGAAAAUCCAUCGAUCACAAUAACUAUAGAUUCGGAUGAUGAUUCAAUUUAUAGUGAUUAUUUAAGCCCAGAUGUAAACUACAAACCAGAAAUGAAGGUGCAAUUCAUAGGUGACGAAACGAGUUUGUAUGGAACUCCGAAAGAGGAAUUGUUACCCAACUGUAAUAAUAGUGUAAAUUUGGAAAAAUCAAGUCCAACAAGCUUCCUGAGGGAGCAAAUAUACGCGUUCUUCCAGCCAUCAGAUAAUAAACUUGCAAUGAAAUUAUUUGGAAAUAAAAAUGCCUUGCUCAAAGAGAAGAUGCGACACAAGCGCCAGGGUAACUGGGUCAUCCACCCGUGCAGCAACUUCAGAUUUUACUGGGACCUGUUCAUGCUGGUGUUGCUGAUCGCAAACCUGAUCAUCCUUCCCGUCGCCAUCUCCUUCUUCAACGAUGAUCUCUCAACCCAGUGGAUUGUCUUCAACUGCAUCAGCGACACAGUCUUCUUCUUCGACAUUCUUAUUAACUUCAGGACAGGGAUUAUUUUGAACGACUUUGCGGAUGAGAUCAUCUUAGAUCCAACGCUUAUAGCAAAACAUUACUUGAAAUCAUGGUUCUUUUUGGACCUUAUAAGUUCCAUACCAAUGGACUACAUAUUUUUAAUGUGGGACGCAGAGGCGGAUUUCAGCCAGUUGUUCCACGCAGGUAAACACGAGGAACUGGACGCUUCCCCUUACUGGCAAGGCCGUGCCUUGCGGAUGCUGCGCCUCGCAAAGUUGUUGAGUCUGCUACGUCUAUUACGAUUGUCUCGGCUCGUGCGCUACGUGCAGCAGUGGGAGGAGUUCCUGGCAGUGGCGGGCAAAUUUAUGCGGAUCUUCAACCUGAUCUGCCUGAUGUUCCUGCUGGGCCACUGGAACGGCUGCCUCCAGUUCCUCGUUCCCACCCUCCAAGAGUUCCCCCAGGACUGUUGGGUAUCUAUAGAGGAGCUGCAGGAAGCACACUGGGCCCAGCAGUACACGUGGUCGUUGUUCAAGGCGCUGUCACACAUGUUGUGUAUCGGGUACGGCCGCUUCCCGCCCCAGAACAUGACAGACACUUGGCUCACUAUCCUGAGCAUGCUGAGUGGCGCCACCUGCUACGCGCUAUUCCUCGGACACACGACCACCAUCAUCCAAUCCUUCGACACCUCAAGGAGACUCUAUAACGAAAAGUUCAAGCAGGUUGAGGAGUACAUGAUCUACCGGAAGUUGUCCCGGUCGCUGCGCCAGAAGAUCGCCGAGUACUACGAGCACCGUUACCAGGGGAAGAUGUUUGAUGAGGAGAGGAUACUGGGCGAGCUGAACGAGUGUUUAAGACAGGACGUGAUCAAUCACAACUGCCGCUCUUUAGUGGCGUCUGUGCCAUUCUUUACGAACGCGGACCCGCAGUUCGUGUCGGCGGUGGUGAGCAAGCUGCAGUUUGAGGUGUUCCAGGCCGGGGAUUACAUCAUCAGGGAGGGGACCAUGGGCAGCAAAAUGUACUUUAUCCAGGAAGGCAUCGUUGACGUCAUUACCACCGAGGGCGAGGUCGCUACGUCACUCUCAGACGGAUCAUACUUUGGCGAAAUCUGUCUUCUAACGAAUGCAAAACGGGUAGCGAGCGUGCGCGCGGAAACGUACGUUAACCUAUAUUCGCUGUCCGUGGAGCACUUCCGGGACGUGCUGGAGCGGUAUCCGGUUAUGAGACGGACCAUGGAGAGCGUGGCGGCCGAGCGCCUCACCAAGAUCGGCAAGAACCCGAGUAUCGUGAGCAGCCGCGCCGACCUUGACGAGGACCAGCGCCUCUUAAACGAGAUCGUUUUGGAGUCGACGCCCGUUGUCACUAGCGCCAGUGAGGACGAGGAUAAGGACUCUGACGACAGCUCAGGGAGCUCGAAAAGUGGCAAACAUAAGAAAAAGUUCAAGUUGGAUUUCAGUGCUAAGUUACAUAGGAUAACAGAGGAACGCAAAUCUCGGUCGCGAGAAAACCUGAAGGAUAAUACCGACAGCAAGUUCAGAAGUAUGUUGCGGAAGGCGCCCUCGGGACCAAACUUGUUUGGUUUGCUCGCACCUCCUGUAAUUACGGAGCGAAAGAGAAGCGGAAGUGUCGGCGCAAACCUCGGUAUGAUCAUGGAGUCGUUCACAGAUACAUCACAGGACGAUAACGAAACCAAGCGUAAACGUCAUGAAAGUGUUGGGAGUAAACUGUUCAAGCUUUUUGAUUCCAAAGAGGCCAAGAGGAGAUCGAGCUCAAAGUCAUCUGUGUUUGACGAUUCUCCGACUUCGGACGGCCAACAUAUGCAAUUACUACAGGUACCGCUAGAAAAGUCACUUAAAAAUAAAGACUCUAAAAAGAGCAGUGACGUAUCUUUGCAACUAAAGCGCAUUGUUGAUAAGGAAGGUGAGACCGACAAGCAUGCGAAGCUUUCUUCAGUUUCCAACUCUACCAGCGAAAGUGAUAUCCCUCCGCCGUCACCGCAACGGGUUAGCUUUUCUCUACCCGACAACGACGGUGACGACGAUGAAAUGACGCCGUUCACAAGCGGUGAGCGUAGGGACUCCGUCAAACAGCCCUUAACGCCGGCUGUAAAGAAACGAUCUCCUGGUCAAACGCGGGUAGACUUUGAACAAGCCAAACUUCUCCCGUUCAGCGAUUCCAGUAACGAGCGGGAGAGUGACGACAGGUGUGACUCCCCAGAAUGACGCCAUGCACGUCCAGAGCACGAGUACUUAGAAGGAUAAUGGAGUCACUGUGGAUGCAGACCACCUGCUCCCGGGUAUGAUGUAGCCGGUCGAAUUCAAGUCGGACUCGAGUGGGAUACCAUAUUACUUUUCACAUCACCGUCUACAACAUCCCACACACCGGUCCUUCUUCGCACUUUAGAUUUCUCGCUCUAAUGGAGGUCUAGGAAAUUGCCGCCAUAACACCGACAAGUUGCAUCUGUUUUUCGCAUCAAGCAUUUCACAACUGUGAGUUCCAGUAAGGCCAAAAUAAACUGUCAAAUGUCCUUUUGAAAUGUAUAAACGUUACUUCACUAUAAGACCAUCAGUUAUAUAGGUUCAGCUAGGUCGGGUUCUAGGCUGUGGAUAUAUGUGGUUUAGAACAAGGCUGUUGCCGAACACAGUCCUGCAAAACUUUACUCAUUGUGUCAACAUAUCAUUUCAAUAUUACCUAUCAACUUUAAGUGAUGGUUCGUACCUUUUGUGUUUAGAAAACAACAACAUGAUAGUCGAAGAGGACGUAAACCAUAAUUAUCACAAAAACAAAUAUCACUCCGCAUACUGUAUUAUGUAUCAUUAACAUUCGUGUUUAAUAUUUGUACUAUGCAAUGUUUUGUACGUGAAUGUAGACAAUUAUUCAUUUUUGUGAAUUCUAAAAAUGGUAAACCAUGUCGUUUGAUGGAUUCAUGAGAUGUUACAUUCCAUAUUGUUAUAUAUUCCAGUCAACAGCUGCGUUCUUAGGAAUGUCACAAUAGUUCGUGCUUUAAGGUAAACAGUCCAUUAAGACAGCAUUAUGGGUGUAUUAUCACUGCGGUUAUAUGUUUCGUUUUAUAAUCUGAUACAUAAUUAAAAUGUAUUGACUUCCAGUAUGUGUACACCUAAUUGCUUGUUCUGAACUCGCAACAGCUCACCAAUAAACUCAUACUAUUUGGACUAUUAAAGAAUGCAGAUCACUUGAAAAGGUUGCUUAAAAUGAAAUAAACCAGCAACAAACACAUAUGAAAAAUAAUAUACAUACUUGAAGUAUCUUAGAUUUAAAUCCAAAUAGUAUACAAGAUGAUGGAGUUCAACAGUGAUGAUGAUAAUAGUCCUUUUCUUGGACUUAGCAAUUAGCCUGCCAACUCUUGUUACUUAGCAAUUUCGUUUAAAGAAUAUAUAGAGACACCAAAGCGUUUUGCACCUAAAAGUCAAUCAGACACGAAUAUAUGGAAUUGCUAUGAAAUAUUAACGCUCCAUUAAGUAUUACAGAUACCGUUACUUAUAAUAAGAGGACACCGUUAUGUCCAAAGUGUUGCUUCUACCGUCGCCAUAAAACUCCCUCCAAUGCAGAUAUUCUUUGAAGUUAUCAAAUGCUUUACGCUUGUUCCAUAGCUAGCACAGCCACUGACUGCAUUUAGGAUUGCUCGAGUCUGUUACUAGUCAAUUGCAACCACGCCCCGGCCCCAGGUCAAUUGGAUAGCCGGGGAAAUGUGUCGUGUUUUUACCUUCCAGGAGGGCCCGCAUUGCCGGGUAAAUGAGGUGGUUUUGUCAUCGCGCCAAACAUAGCGGGGAAUGGGAAAUAUCUAGGAUGCGAGAGCAUUUGGUGGGGAUUUAACCAGCAGUUCGUCCCCGCAGAGCGGGGAUUUUACCCGGUCAUUGCUGAACCAAAAGUCCCUGCUAUUCCCCGGACCUGGAGGUUGGGGCGUGGUUACAAUUGACUGGUGCAUUAGUCCUAAUAUGUAACAUUGAUGCAUGUUGACAACUGAUUUACAUGUAUGCAUACACUUUCCAUCGAAGUAUAGAUGUGUUCGAAUAUUUGCGCUCAUCACAUAACAUGUUGAUAUGUCAAUGCAAUUAGAAAGUAGAUCGAUCUGUGAUAUAUAUAUAGAGAGAAUGUUGAUGAUACAUGUCAAUGUACAAUGUAUGUAGAAUCUCCCUACUCAGUCCUAUGAUUUAAAGCGACCCUCCCAGAAUCGAUCAUAUCGUCCAAUGUCAAAGGCAGGGCUUAAUUUAUAUAUGCAUUUAAUUCACUUAAAGAUACAUUAAUUGAUAUUUAUGUUUGCUAGAUAACAUUACUUAAUGUAUAACAGACUCCUUCUUUUCUGUGGAAAUGUCGCUUUAAAAUGUUAGAUAUGUUUAUGAUUUGUAAAGUGUGAUAGCUACACUUAUAUUCUAAAACAAAGUACGACAUGUUUGGAAAUAGUAAUUUGUUUUAAUUUAAAACAUUGUUGAUGUUUUUGUUACUCUUUUAUUUAUA